AUGGGUCUCUGGAAUGUUAUUGACCGGGCCUUGUGCCUGACCGUCACGGCCAUUGCCCUUCUGCAAGGACAGGCUGGAGCGUCCUGCAAUGGAGCUCCCACUGCUUUGACGAAACAGGGACUCAUCACUGGCUUCUGCCAAGGUGAUGUUAACGUGUUCCUGGGAAUUCCCUUUGCCCAAACGACAGGGGGAAAGAAUCGGUGGAAGCCACCUAUGCCCCUCAAGCAGUCGGCGACGGCACGGAUUGAUGCCACCUCCUAUGGCCCGUCCUGCGCUCAGUCGAUGUCUAACCAAAACACCAUUGUUGCCCAGAGCGAAGAUUGCUUGAACCUGAAUGUAGGUGGACCAUACGACAACCUCCCGGUCUUUGUCUACAUCUACGGCGGUGCGAUGGUUACCGGAGGGAAUAGUAACGCGCAGUGGCAGGGGCACAACUUUGCUCGCAAGGAUGUGAUCUAUGUCAAUGUCAAUUACCGCGAAUCGGUCUAUGCCUCACCUAAUGCACCUGAGCUCGAGGGAAAAUCUCAGAACUUCGGCAUUCUCGACGUCCAGAGUGCGUUGAAGUGGAUACACAAAAAUAUUGAUGCAUUUGGUGGCGAUAAGAAGCGCAUUGUCCUAGGCGGCCACUCAUCUGGAGCUGUCCAUGUCGACCACUAUCUUUGGAAUCACCCCGAUACCUUUCUGGCAGGCGCCAUUGAAAUGUCCGCCAAUGCCGUGUCGGGCCCAGCCUACGCGCCCAGCGGCGUCGCCCUGGCCCAGGUGGCUCGGGACAUGAAGGAUGCUGGCGUCACGCUCAACUGUGAUGCGAACAGCCCGACACUGAAAUGCCUGCGGGAGGUGGACACCUACGCUCUACAAACGAAGUUCUUUAACUCCACUUCAAACACCUGGUUUAGUCCAGUGGUCGACGAGAUCACUCUCUUCUCCAACUAUGCAGCUCGAUUUGGUGCGGGUCAGUAUCCUAAAUCGCUGCCCCUGAUAGUCGGUAAUGCCGACCAGGAAGGGAAAAUCUUCAGCUACGUCUAUUCGAAAGAGAAUGGUAACUUCUCCUCCUGGAUUAAUACCUUCGAUGCCGAUCUUGCCUGGGUCCCCGAUGAAGAGCUGUUGGAUGCGUAUAAUGCCUCCGACUAUGACUCGGUCUCCCUCAUGAGUGGUGCCUCGUACGGGGACGCCCGCUUCAUCUGUGCGACCGACUACAUGUUGGAUGUGCGCGCCUCAGAGCAGCCCACCUGGGCGUAUCGCUGGUUCGGUGCCUAUGAUAAUGUGUUGGGCCUGCCUGGAAUUGGACCCUCCCACGGCAGUGAAGUACCGUUCUUCCAUGGUGGAAACGAGUGCUUUUCCAAGCUCAAAGAUGUCACCAAGGCGCAGCAGGAGCUGGCCGACUACAUGAACGACUGGUUCGUCGCCUGGAUCAAGAACCCCCAUGCUGGCCCCGGUUGGGACAAAGCCAAGCCUGGUAAUGGACCCCUGGCGAAGCUCGGCGUUCCCAGCAAAGAGUUGGCGAUUGAGAUGAGACGACAGGCAAAUAUAAUGCCCGUUGCCAGUCCGUUUUCAAACCCAAUUUCCCCAAAUACCCGGUCGUGCAGAACCCUGUUGCCCUCUCUUCGUGACGGGAUCUUAGUUUUGAUCACUUCUUCUCGGCCCCCAUCAACAUAG